CGUUCACUAGGGCAGACCCUUAAAUCGUUGUUUUAGAUUUUAAAUUUACUUUGUUUAAGAUUUAAUAUGUCGCUGAAGUGCAAGGACAAUCGAUUAAGUUUAUCCUCUCCACAGCUCUCCCCCGAAGGCCUGCUGGAUCUAAACGAGGUUGAAAAAAUGUAUCCUACUGACAAUAGUAUCAGAGUAAGUGUGGAAAGUAAUCUCGGAGCCGUGCAGGGAAAGAAGAUAAUACGGAUCAAACCAUCGGACAGGGUUGAGAUGAUAGUACAGAAGUUUCUGGACAGUAUACCUCUGAUCUCCCCUGGAAGUUUUAUACUGAGGGAUAACCAGGGUUUGAUUGUAAAGAGUAAGAAGAGUGUUUCUGAAGCUAGGAUUAAGGAUAAGGAUCAACUAUAUCUUUCAACAUUAGAAUCUGAACGAGCUCUAUUCUCCUAUACAAACUGGUGUCAGAUAUCGUGGCUUUGUGCUAUAUUUUCUAUCAGUAUUCUGGGGGGAUGUUUUGGUGCUUAUUUCUCCAGUAGUCCUUCACCUUAUGUAUACGGGGUUGUUGUGGAUGCAGGUUCAGUACAUACAUCAGUGUACACUUACAGGUUCUUAGGAGAUAAGUUUAAUGGAACUGGUAUCAUAGAAGAAGUGUCUUUUUGUGAUAUGGGAGAGAUUGGAAUAUCAUCCUUCAAGGAGAACCCUGCUGGAAUAAGAGCACUCGUCAAUUCUUCUUGUUUAAGAGAUUCAGCCCCGCAGAUAUACUUAAAGGGAAGCCAUGUUUUUCCAAUGUAUCUGGGAGGAACUGCUGGGAUGAGAACCCUGCGCCUAGUUGACCCAUAUACUACUAGCUGGAUAAUGGGAAACCUGACCAGAGCGCUGGAUAGACUGACCGGUCAUAACACGGACUCAAGUGUUGUUACAGGAGAGAUGGAGGGUUUAACUGGUUGGAUCUCCACCAACUACCUGGAGGGUCAACUUGGAGAUUUCAACAUUAAAUCCAGUAUGUUGGCAGCUCGUGGGCCUAGUACGCUUGGGGCUUUAGACUGGGGAGGGGCUUCUGCUCAGAUUACUACAGAGGUGGCUAAAGAGGAUGCUACGCAUAACAUUACUCUCUAUGGGAAAAAUUACAAUCUCAGGACAUUAUCUCAUCUUUGUUUUGGACAGAAAGAAGCCUUGUACCGACAUAGAUCAGCACUUGUUGAAGAGUAUUAUAAAAACAGUUCUACUCUACCAUCUAG